AGGGGGCGUAGACGGAGAGAGGAGGAGGAGGGUCGUUAGCGGGACGUUCCCCCUCCUGUGCUUCACGCGCUCCAUCCUGUCACAGUGUGAGCCUCAUCCUCCACUGUACACCACCUCCUCUUCCUCCUCCUCCCACUCGUGCAGGCAGCAGCAAGGUCGUCCUCUUCCUCCUCCUCCUCCUCCUCUUCCUACUCUUCCUCGCCCUUCUUCUCGUGCAGACGAUGCGAGCGACGAGCUGCUAGGACAACUUCUUGUUUUCCUCCUCCUCCCCCCCUCGUGUUUCUCUCCGCGCGGAUCGCAGAUCUCGGGACCCGCACUCGCCGGCGACCUUUGAAUGUGACAUCGCUCCGACAAGGCGGGGAAUAAAAAGCCAUCGGCAUGAAUUUCGUUAUGAAGCAAGCGUUGGGAGGGGCCACCAAGGACAUGGGCAAGAUGCUGGGCGGCGAGGAGGAGAAAGACCCCGACGCCCAGAAGAAGGAGGAGGAGAGGCAAGAGGCGCUGAGGCAACAAGAGGAGGAGAGGAAGGCCAAGUACGCCAGAAUGGAGGCGGAGAGGGAAAACAUCCGACAGGGCAUCAGGGAUAAGUACGGCAUCAAGAAGAAGGAGGAGAAGGAGGCGGAGGCGGCGGCCGCCAUGGAGCAGGCCUCGGAGGGCAGCCUGACGCGCCCCAAGAAGGCGGUGCCCACCGGCUGCGGCGACGAGGAGGAGGAGGAGAGCAUCGUGGACACGGUGAUGAAGUUCAUCCCGGCGCCGCUCAUGGAUAUGUUCAACAAGAAGUAACGCCGCUUCGCAUAUGACCGCCUCCUCCGCCCUCCUCGCACUCGGCUCUUCUUCCACUGCUGCGGCGUGACGUUACCUUGGUCAGAUAAUGGCUCAUUUAAUGUCCCGUCUGCCACUUAUUAAUAAAACUCAUCCUCAUAAUCGCCCCCCCCCCCUGUCAUGCCUGCUUUGAUUUGUAAAUAGCCUGGCGUUCGUUACAUGGCAUAUAACCAGCUGGAUAGAGUACAAGCCAUAUUUUUAACUUUGAAGACAAUAUCCAAAUCAUAUUUUGUUCUUUUGUUGUUGGUAAUAUCUGAUACAUGUAUGAAAAAAAGAAAAGAAAAGAAGUGAUUGAUUGGUUUGUUAAUAUUUUCUUUUGGAGUGCUUUUUUUUUUUUUUUU